AUGCAUCUAAUCCUCACUGGGGCCACUGGCCUUGUCGGCUCUUCUGUGCUUGACGCCAUGCUCAGCAAUGCAGCCAUUUCCAAGAUCUCAAUAUUGAGUCGAAACCCAGUCCGAAUGGCAGAAGAUGCCAAAGACUCCCGGGUCCAUGUCAUAACGCAUAAAGAUUUCGAGACUUAUGAUUCAGGGGUUCUCGAUCAACUAAGAGACGCUGAUGGAUGUGUUUGGGCCCUGGGCACAAGCCAAAACAACGUGAACAAGGAACAAUAUGUGAAGAUCACCAAAGACUUUACAAUGGCAGCUGCCAAUGCAUUUUCCACCAUCAAGCCCCCCAACGCCCCCUUCCGGUUCAUCCACGUAUCAGGCGAGGGCGCAACCCAGAGCCCCGGUCGAUUUUCACCAAUCUUUGCCCGGGUGAAAGGCGAGACAGAAUCUCUUCUUGGAAAGCUCUCCGAAGAAAACCCGAGUUUCCGCGUUGACAGCGUGCGUCCUGCCUUUGUUGACUCGGCUGCGCACACUGCGAUUCACCCAUAUCUCCCUUCGGGCGGAAUGGUUGAGACAGUAGCAAAAGCCGGCAUUGCUUUGAUUGCCCCUGGUAUUCGAUGCUUUUACAAAUCAAUGCACUCUCCGACCGAGCAUCUCGGACCCUUUUUGACGGAUAUGGCAAUGGGGCGAUAUGAAACAAAACUGCAAGGCUCUGGUGUUUUCAAGCUGGGAGGUGGCUUUGUUGUUGAAAAUGUUGGAAUGAGGAGGAUCUUGGGCCUGUAA